AUGGCAAGCUCAUGGGCUGGUGUGUUAACUUUGGUGGUUGUGCUAGUUGGGGGUGUUUUUGAGGUUCCUAUGGCAAGGGGAGACAUGAGCCCUAGCCAGUGCAAGGAGGAGCAGAGGCUCCUUGUGAAUGCAUGCCGGCCGGUCAUAUUCGGCCGCAGCCCCUCAGCCGCCUGCUGCCAACGUGUCAGGGUCACCCACGUCGAGUGUGUGUGCCCUGUUGUUACCCCUAAGUUGGCUGCACUCAUCGGAGUGGAACGCACCAUUAAGCAAAUCGAAGGCUGCGGAAGGACUGUUCCUCACAACUUCAAGUGUGGAAGUAUCACUACUCCAUGA